AUGGCGUAUCAUUCAGACAACUUUGCAUUAGAUCUGAACACACAAGGCGGACUGGCUACAGACACGUUCAACUUCCAGGCCACCUCGCAAUCUACAACAUCAUGGCCGCCCAUGUCGAUCUUGGAUUCAACCACAGUAGGGGGAUUCCAGCUGCCUCCGGCAAUGAAGGACGCUUCAUCUAAGACGACACGGUUCGCGAGUACAGUCGCAGGAACUAAGCUACCACAGGUGGUCACCACGAGCUACAACGAUACCAGUGUUGGUAGCAGCAGUGUCAUCGGCGUUGGUAUCGGUGCGAGCAGCAGCACGAUGGGCACCCACAAGAGCGGCCGAGGCGAAAACAUCACAAACAGUCACAAACGUGGAAGCCUCGGCAGCCUCGGCAGCCGCCGAGGUAGUAAUGUCAGCAGCCGCGGAACCAAUCGAAGUACCAGUCCAUACGAUUCAACCGCCACAUCUCCCAACCGAAAGACAUCUCAGGCAUCAUCAAAGCACGGGCGUGGGAGUGGCAGCGGCAGUGGCAGUGGCUCAAAGGGAGGAUCUGACGACAAGAGCCGCAGCAAAUUUGCGUGCACGCGCGCGGAUUGCCAUGGUCCCGUAUUCACGCGUAUGGCCGACCUUGACCGGCACAUGCUGCACAUCCACACCGACGCCGAUAAGAAGGAGCGCUUUCUGUGCGACUACUCUUCGUGCUCACGCAGCGCUACGCCAUUUCACCGCAAGGACCACUACCGCGAGCAUCUGCGCGUGUACCACCUCGAGGAUCUGCUGAAGCGUGGCAGCAACGCAAACCACCACACGGCGGCCUCGACGUCGUCGUCCUCUGGUGCCAGAACAUCCGAAAGGCUGUCGCCAUCGUCGGCAUCCGCAUCCUCAUCGUCCACCGCCGAUGUCAAAAGGAACAAGAAGCUGCUUCAGGAGACACAACUGCAAAACUGUAAGACGGAGGCCGAGUGGUGGCGCUGUGCGCGGUGUCUGCAGCGAGUCGACAUUGCCGAGCGUGGCUGGACGUGUCCGAACUGCAAAGGCAGUAUCGAGGAGCCACGCAAGGCGAUCCGGAUGUCGCGGUCGGCGGCGUCCAUGGCGGCAACAAACGCCCGCCAGUUGGCUCAGUCUUUGGACAUACCGGCCGAGUGGGGAACGUAUAACGACAUGUCGAUGGAGACGUACUGA